GCAACUCUGCUGUAGCGCGUCCGCGUCGCGUUGUAAUUUUUGUUGAGUUUUUAAACUAAUUAUAAUUUGAAUUCGCGUGUCUUAAUAAUUAGAUUACCAUGUUUUAAGUGUUCCACAUCCAAGCAAAAAGACGAAUAGAUCAGAAAAUGAGUGCCUCAACCAUCGACAAUGUGCGGGUUCUGCUGCAGUCGCUCCCCGCUGCCGGGGUGAACAGCGGCUCUCAGCCGGUUGAUCAGCAGACGCCGGGAAAGAUGGCACUCUCAAUUACGCCGCUGCGCGCCAGAAAUUCCAGCCAGCUACAGGUCCUCGCAGAGAAGAUCGAGGAGAAGCCAGCGUCGCCUCCGGAGGAGUUCUGGCGGGAUCUGCAGCAGUUCCACGAGCGACGGGGCACACCAUUGACGCAACCGGCCAGGAUCAGCGGCAAGCAGGUCGACUUGUACAAGUUGUACAACGAGGUCACAGAACGAGGAGGCUUCAACAAGGUAAACAUGAGAGACGAGUGGGACGAGGUGUACAGCACUAUGGAGACUCUGCGGGAGCGCUGCGUCAACGGCACAGCGGGCAUUAAGCACAUCUAUAGACGCUAUCUGGACAAGUACGAGCGCCUUAAUUUUUUCGGUGAGGAUCCGGAUAAGAUGGAGGCACUGGAGGCAGCCAUAGAGAACGCGGAAAUGGGCGGUGGACGUUCCCGGUCGCGGUUUUUGGCGGGUGCUGGCGGAGGCCUGGGAAGCAUCUUUGGCUCGGCGCAUUCCACUCUGCCGGCAGUGCCAAUGGCCUACAACCAGCGUCAACACUCUGUGAAUGCGGAGCGACGACGACAGUACAAGAUGUCCACGCAGCUGCACCGACACAGCAGCUACGAGAAGCUUCUGCUGUCCCUGCUCUCACCGCUGCCCAAUGAGCAGGACUUUGCCAUUAAUGUGUGCACCUUGAUGGCCAACGAGGCGCGGCACACCUUGCAGCUGUCCGAGUGCCCCAAACUGCUUGACGUGCUUCUUGCUCACCUGGGCGUCUAUGCAGACUUCACGAUGCGCCAGCUUUUCCAGCACAGCUACGCUGAGGUACGACACCAUUCGCAACUUAGUUUUUGGCGCGACCUUCUUCACGACAGGCCACAGAUCCUGGAGCUUUACACGGAUGAACAGGUAUGGUUGGACAAUGGUCUGAUUAGCAAGGAGGAUAGGGAGAACUCUGCCGGUCGAAGUGAACUGUUGGCGGCCUGCGACGAGUUGGACUUCCUUAACCUGCGACGCAGCAAUGGUACAGAUGAGCGCAUGGGGCACCGCGUGCUCCAGAUCGUACAGCUAGUGCGAGCACUCAGUUUCCACCAGGAAAACCACGCGCUCCUGGCAUCUAAUCGCACUUUAUGGCGUUAUUUGGUAAUGGGUGCGAACGUGCGAUGGAGCAACAUCCACAUCCAGGCUCUUGAGACAGCUGGGAACCUGGCCCAACAGUUUGAGCUGCUCGAUCCCACCACUGACGAGCUGUCGCGAAAUCUUCUGGCCACUCUCUGUGAGGGUGUUGACUCAAACGACCGGGCUGUAAUCAUUAGCUGUCUGGAGAUACUCUACAAGCUGUGCGGCCGCGAAGGGAAUUCCCAGCAUAUCAAUCGUUGCCUUGGCUUGGACUUUUAUCAACGUGCUAUGUUGCUUCUCUCACUCACGGACGUUAUGAUGAUUAUCUUUACUCUGGAAGCAAUAUAUGCGCUUAGUUCUCUUGGCGCGCGACCCUGCUCGAUGCUUAUGCAAGUGCGAGGCCUAGUGGACCAGCUAGUGGCCCUGAUCACCGUGGAGGCACAGUCAUAUGGUGCAGACGGUUGCAUACUAAUGAGGGUAGUGGAGGUUGUGCCGGGCAACAUGAUCGCAUCGCUUGCUCAGAACAUGCCCGCCAUGCAGGCUCCCGUAGCGGACCCCUCCAUUACUACGCUUCCAUCAUCCUUACAAGUGGCCGUUAAGCCGCCAGCAGUUUUGCCCACGCCGACACCCGCCCAGACCCAGGUGCUUCUUCCCCAGGGGGACCAGCACCCUUUGGUUACGGUACCAAUUCCCGGCUUACCAAUGCCUAGUCUGCCACAGGUUAAUUUUCCAGUACCCAGUCUGCCGCAAGUGCAAUUGCCCCCAAUCGCUGCGACUGUAACCCUCCCCACUCUGCCCUCUGCGACUCAGAGUUUUACCCACGAGGACGAACAGUAUGCUCUGGCAUGGCUGGGAGCUACAUAUGAGCGAGCCAUCGGCAGCGAUUUACGAGUGGAGCAGGCGGAGUUGUACAGAAUCUACUUGUCACAUUGCCAGAAAGCGGGCAAGCUUUCUGUUGUCAAUCACAUGCAAUUCCCUCGCCUGGUUCGACUUAUAUUUAACCAAUCGGUGGGACCCGUGAUUGUGCGUCAACAAGACGGAACAGAGCUGCCCGGGACUUACUAUGUGGGCAUUCGCAUGCGAGCCCAGCCGCUAACAAUGCAACAAAGGACCGCCCCCAGCAAUGCCCCUGUUAAAAAGGAGACUGCCAUAUUGCCCAAGCCACCGCCAUGUGAUCCUGUUCAAUCGGAGUUGGCAUCUGAGGAAUCGAUUUCGUCUGCUGUAACACCACCUCCAAGCUCAUCGUUGAUCAAAAGCCUUUUGGCUAACAAGGUCACAGAGCGCCAACAGAAGCAGAAGGCGCAGUCCCUGACUACACAGCCGCCAGCCCUAGUAGCCACCACUUCUUCGGCCACAAAUGCAACUCAACCAAUAAAGGUAACUUCUACAGCUAUCAGCGCCUUUGUGAACAACCCAUUGAUGCAGCACACGCCAGUAAAGGUUGGCCAGACCACCAUAAAGCCGUUGCACCCUCAGAUGACCAUUGAAAAGAAACCAAUUACGGACUCUGCUCCGCCGCCCCUUGCACCGUUGAGUGGUGCAAACGUGGUGACCAAAGACGCAAGUGGUCGCACCCUCAUUAUUGCAGCGGCCGCUGCCAAACGUAAAUUAACAAUCGACGAAGAACAAAACAAGCGUCUGGCCUUAGACGCCGCCGCCAGUAGUUCCAGUUCAAAUUCAUCAUCUGUCGGUAAGGAUGAGGCACAAGUGACUCCGUCAAAGAAUGCUGCAAAUCUGUAUGCGGAUCUUGCAGCCUCUAUUUUGGAGGACGAGGACUUAGACGAUGUUCCACCGCUGGCAAAAUCAAGUCAGGAGCAGCCUCAACAGCAAUCGCAACAGCAACAGCAGCUCCAACUUAUUCCGGCCAAAGUGCAACCGACCCAGCGGCAGCUGGUCUUCCCAAGUGUCGUUUCUCCAGCACCGCCUCCGCAACUCAAGCUGGCGACGACGGCCACCAUCAAGACGGAUCAGGGCCUGCAGACUGUGCCGGUGAUACUCCAGCCCAAAACUACGAUGGAUGCGGCACCAGCGCCUCAGACGCAAUAUGUUCUGGCCACGAACCAGCAAGGCCAAACAUAUUUGGUGGCCCAGCAAACGCAGCCGACGAUUCCACCAUCAACCCAGUCCGCUCCACCCACUUUGCUAGUGACGCAAACACCUCAGCAACAGACCAAAACUAUAAUCAUCCUGCAGCAGCCAGGAGGUGUCUCCGCCACUAAUGUAGCGGGCACACAGAAAAUGAUAAUGACAACCGCUCAGGGCCAACAGGUUCUGGUCACCACCACAACAGCUCCGCAGCUGGCCCAGCCACGUAGUGCUACGCCCCAGCAGCAAAUUUUUAUUGCCCCCCAGCGACCGGUACCAGCGUUGGGCGCUGGCCAAAUGUCUCCUUCACUGCUGUCUCAGCUUAACCAGAUCCCGGCCACCAUCAAACUACACCAACCUCAACCACAACCACAGCUCGUUUCGCCACAAUUAGCACCACAGCAACGGCUAGUGGCCACUAAGUCAGGCGCUGCAUUGCCCAUUCCUCAACUCCAGCAGCACCAAUCCAUCAUUCAGCAGCACAUAAUUUCCGGACCCUCUACUCCAACUUCCACAGGAGCCGGUCCUGUUCCAGGCGAAAAGAGGCAGGUGAUCCUGGGCGGAAUUAAGGAGACCACACUCAUCACCCAGACCCCCGUCACGGCUGCUCCCCUGCAACAGAGCCAGCUUAACUCGCAGACAAUCAUCACGACUCAGCCGCCAACCAGCACCUCUACUAUUGGAGGCCUGCCUCUGCAGCAGCAGCAGCACAUGCGAUCCGCUUUGGACCAACAGCAGCAGCAUCAUCCCUCUAUCAUUCAACAGAAGAUCACCAUGCCGGCAAUCUCGGAACCGACUAAGCCUAAGGUAGCUGCAGUUUCAGUGACGGGAACUUCCCCGAGUACGGCGAUCCUUGCUAAGAAGCCGCUACAGCCGCAGCCUGCUCAAGUGUCGAGCCUGAAGCCAUCUGGAACUCAGGCGGUGGUGGUAACGCCUUCGGGAACAUGUGACUCAACGGAAGGCAGCAAAGUGAUUGUGACACCAAGCACCGAAACGAAGCCAGCGGAGCAUCAAGUGGUCGCUCAGGCAACAGUCGCAUCAACAGUUGUUACCACUGCUCCUAGCAGCAGUGCUUUGGUAGUCAGUCAAAGCGUAUAUGCGGCACCUACAUCAAAUGGCAGUUCCACGCCUUCUGCAAUGCCCGUCGACGCGAACUGGUUGUACAUUUGCGACUGGCGCAACUGUCCCCGCAAGAAAUUUAAAUCUCUCAACGAGCUUAAGUACCACGUGUGCAAUGUUCACUGUCCGGAUCACCUGGACUCUGACGCCGAUAUUUACUGCCAAUGGGGCAGUGGGCCGACCUUCUGUGACAACAGGGCUCGAAAACGAUACUCACUCAUGACGCAUUUGAUCGACCGACAUCUGACAACGGAGAAUCUGCGCGCCAGUGUGCAACGGCGCUUGGCCACCGGUAUUCACAAUGUGGCGCCCACGCAGCCACCAGUUACCAUAGUGCGCAAUGAAGGUCACGCUCAACGGCUAGCGGGAGGCCCUUCUGGUGCAUCUUCAGGUCCUGCUCCAGCGGCUCCAGUUGUGGGCAGCGCUGCGAUGCAAGCCAUGAACCGGCACACGUCGGAAUACACAAACUCUAAGGAGCUGUUGGACGAAAACGAGGGUCCUGUCACCAAGAGCAUUCGACUAACGGCAGCGCUCAUUAUACGCAACCUUGUCACCUACUCGUCUACGGCCAAGCGUUCUCUGAAGCGCUAUGAGCCACACCUGGCCAAUGUGGCCUUAAGCAAUGUUGAGGCCAGCGGAGUUCUCUCCCACAUCAUGUAUGAACUGAGCCAGUAACCGAUACAACAUACACCAUCAUCGAAAUUUAUUAAACUUACCUGUAAUAACGACACUACAAAAUGUGAAAAAUUAA